CAAGAACAAGAAGUUGACUUUUUUUUAACAAGUUGACUCUAUUUAAAGAACCGCACCGUAUGUGUGGGCAUUUUUUUUCCUAUUUGCUUAUUAGAGAUUUACGUUGGCGUUUCAGUUCAACACUCUUUCUUUUUUGAAACUACAAAAUGUGGCACGAAGCUCGAGCCAAUGAGAAAAAGAUCAAGGAGAUUAUGGUCGAUCACAAGAAGCGUGCCGAACGCAGGCGCGCAUUCUAUGAAUCGCGGCUUGGUGAUCCAAAGCAGCUGUUACGAGUGAUCGGCUCAUCGACAAAGCUGUAUCCUGAUGCUGAACAAUACUACUACCAUGAAAAUCAAGACAAUCUUAUGCCAUGGCAAGGCAAUACCGAUAUCCGAAUUGACAGAUUCGAUGGCCGGUCAUUGCUAGAUUUUGUGCCUGAGAAACAGACAAAGCAAAGAUUUCCCAAUAAAGAACAGCACAUGAUGGACGAGUUGAAUUUUGAACGGUAUCAUGACCUGGUAGAAGCCGAACGCUUAGGAGUUUCUGAACAAGAACGACUCACUGAAGUGGAAGAAGAAUGGACAAAGCUGCUGGAGCGACACAAGGCACUUUUGGCAAUGUUGAACAAUAAUAGGAAGCCAGAAAAAGGAUAUGCAUUUGAUUAUGGCACGCCGGCUGCAACCAAUGAUGAAAUGGACAACGAGGAAGAAUCACAAUUACUGAAGGAGGCGGAUAUUCUCCAAUAUGUUGACGAGCUGACUGACAAAGACAAAAUGAUCUUGAAUGAUAUGGCGGGCAAGUUUGGUAUCCGCAAUUAUACCCGCCUUUUACGCAUGACUAAAAGGGACCGUGACGAACAGCUUCGAGAAUUGAAAGCAAAGGUAGAGAUGGAGGGAAAUCAAAGGAUAAAGGUGGCAGUAGUCGACGUUCACGAGAUGAUCGCAGUAGGAGACGGAGACGUUCGCGCUAUGGCCGAGGGAGCCCUUCCAGAAAUGGUCGAUCAAGCCCUACUUAUGAACCUUAUAAUGGCAGCUCCGAUAGCGAAUCUUCAGCUGAAGAGGAUGCAAAUACUACUCAAUCCGAUGUCGUUAUUGAAUUUGGCACAUCAUCCUCAUCCAAUAUUCCAGAGCAAGAAGAAACAGCAAACAAAGAGGUGCGAUCGUCCAAGCCAUCACGCGAUAGUCGUGCUCGAGAAAGAAGAAAGAUACCAUCAUCAUCGUCAUCAUCCACCAGAGAUCUUCAACAAACAGCACCAGCACCAGCUGCAAAAGACACCACAAAGAAGUUGACGCCCAUGGAAAAGCUUAAAUUGAAAAUGCGUGCAGGAUUAGAAAAUCAAAUC